AUGAAUCAUAAAUUAAUAAGAGAGUGGGUCAAGUAUUUGCCAGAAGUUAUCGAUUACCUAAAUAAUUAUCCAACACGUCUUAUUAGAGCUCCUGGAUCCUCGAAGUGGGGGUUAGCACCAAUAAAAGCCAUCAAAUUAGAAAAGGUUGAAUCUCGGCCAUCCACAAAAUAUAAACGUCCUGUUGGGAAAAAUGAGGAGAAUAAGUUAAAGAAGGGUGAUACAGUUCGUUACCUGCUUGCUAAUGCGGAGUGGGAAGGAGGUAUGGAGAAUCAGAAAAGAGCCACGGAUCCGGUAUGGAGUCCAACUUUAUUUAAAAUUCGAAAAAUUGUUGUAACGAAGAAUGAACCAAUUUUAUAUUAUUUAGAAGGUGAUGAUGAAUAUGCUCCAAAGCGUGGAUUUGUGAAAGAGGAACUCAUGCACAUAGAUCUAGAAAAACUUCAGUAUCCGCCCCAGAGUAUAUUGGAAGAAAACACUCGUUCCAGAUCUAUUAAUUUCGUUCGUAUUAUUAAUAAAACUACAUCAACAGUAUAUCAAUGGUAUAUCAACAGUACAUCAACAGCACUUCAUCCUAAUAAUGUCAGCAAAUGA